AUGUUUAUAAUUAUGAAAUUACAAUCAACCUUCUUAGUUGAACAAUAUGUGGAUUUAAAUGCCAUACAAGUUGACUUGCUUGCUGUUAUGUGCUGGGGCCAUUUUUCAGUGCGACAUUGUGUAGUCUGGUUGCCCAGGGACGGCCUGAUGCCGUUGCUAUGGAAACCGCCCAAGCAACACCAGCUCGCCGAACAUUCUGGAACUUCACGAUAUUAUUGCAGUGGUACCAUGUCCAAACAUCCUGAGAAGCCCAGCGUGCACUACAGUGUGCCAGAGUGGUGCAACAACAACAACCAGCUGUCUGCCACUGCACAAAUCGAGCAGCAGCUGUCAAAUGUAAUCCGCCAAGAGAGCAGAUCACUACGCAACGACACUAACUGUAAGGUCGGUUCUUGUCGAUGCCGCCGUGAAGAAGUCAAGUGUCCAGGUCAUCUCCAUAAAUUUGGCAAGGUUUUUUUGUGUGUGUGUGUGUGUGUGUGUGUGUGUCCUUUUGCCAUACAGACAUUGUGGGAUGAGAGUGAUACCUCCAGCAGGUUGAGCGAUCGGGUCUGGGAGGUUGCAAGAUGGAAAGAGCUGCUCGUAUCAUGUGCACAUAAAGUGGAUGAAGAGAUGGAAGCGCUGACAUUGUCUAAAACCCGAACCGAGGAGACCUUGGCUGCCACUACUGUUCCCCUGGAGGUCAGCCUGGAGAGCCUUACCCUGAGGGAGGGCAGGCCAGGACUCGAGCUGGUCAAUGACCCUGUGGAGGAGCAGUUAAAAAACGAGGUGCACGUCAUCGAAAGAGUGCAGCAAGUUCUGCAGCAGCAUAUUGACGAAGCCUUUGAGCAGCUCUGUAUUUUGCAGAAAAUUCGACAGCAGCUAACUGCGGACCUGCAAAACAAGAUGGAAACUCUGGAUAUUGACACGUCCUGUCUGGCACUUACAAUAACGUCCUCCCAGAUCUCCCUGAAGCCCAAUCCCACUCGAAUACCUGCAGGCUCCUGCACACCACAUGAGUGGGUCAAAUUCAGCCAGCUGAAUUUGGCUCGGGCCCAGGAGGCAAUGCGGAUGUCCCAGCAGAUGAGGGAUGACAUGAGUCUCUCCAGAGUGAAUAUGCAGAAUGAUUUGAAGAAGCAGCAAAGAGCCACAGAGUUUGCACUUCGUAAGCGCAAUCACCAAGAACAACAGGCUUCCAGUGAGCUUCAGUGGCAGUUGAAAAAUACUGAAGAUGAGAUAGCAGAGAUGGAGAGCGACAUCUUCAGACUGGAUGCUGAUUUGCAGGCCAAGAUGGCCCCACUGAAGUUAGCCCACACCAGACUGGAGAACAGAACCUACAGACCAGGCAUGGACCUCUGCAGAGAUGAGGCGCAGCGUACCCUUGUUGAGGAAGUCAAUCAGCUGCAGGCUACGAUUGCCACUUUGAAGAAGAAGCUGUCUGAAGCUCAACACUCAUUGCAGAGGCUGAAGCUCCAUCACAACAAACUCUUACAGGAUCUGGCCAGGAAAAAGGAAGCCUUGGCUCUGGAGCAGCGUUGCAUAAACGUUCGCAGCCGCCUCAUCCCAAUAUUACACGGCGAUGACACCCCGGUACCACUGGUCCUGCUCACUAACUCUAGCGGGAGGAGCACCCAGCAUCUUAAGGCUCAAUAGGAAAUAGCAAAUUCUACUAUUCAACCAAGAGGAUUGUGUCAUUUUCAAUUUCAAUGGUCCACAUAUGGCCUGAUAUAAACAUCUAUGCAAUCUAGACAGUAUCUACUGAACUAAGAACUUUCAUCCUCUUGGAAAUGCUGUGCGUUACUCAGAAGCUGUGAAGUGUGCCGUGCUAAUAAUGUGUCGAGUAGAAUGAUUCGUCUCUAAAUGAUAUAUUUUUAAAAAGCCUUCUCUGGCGUCUAUCAGAAUAUGUCGAACAUCUACAGUACGUGUAUUCAGACUCACGUUUGUGUAAGGUCAUUUUAUUGCCCUUUAUCUUUUUAAUGGUCGUGUUUGGCUCUGUGGUGAUGUUUGACCAUCUGAGGCUGUUUAGAGCUUGAAGAUAAUAAUGUGAACUUUGACUCAAGUGUUAUAAAAAUAGGCGCAAACAGGGUCAUUUGCAAACUGGCUAUUUCAUUAGAAAUAUAAGAAACACUUUUCAGUAUGGUAGUAUGCUGUGUAGUACAGCACUCCAAACUGCAACCCAUCUAUCCAUCUUCUAUGCUGCUUAUCCUCACUAGGGUUGCGGGUAUGCUGGAGCCUAUCCCAGCUGACCCCGCGAGAGGCGGGGUGCACCCUUGACUGGUCGAUGGCAGGGCACAUAUAGACAAACAACCAUUCACACUCACAUUCAUACAUAUGGACAAUUUAGAGUCGCCAAUUAACUGGAGUACCCCGAGAAAACCCACGAACGCACGGGGAACAUGCAAACUCCACAGAGAUGCCCAACAGAGAUUCGAACCCAGAUCUUCCCCAUCUCCUGACUAACCACUAGGCCACCGUGCAGCCACUCUAAUAAAUACAGUACAUUGUGAAAUGAAUACAUCCCUGACAGUGUCAAUCAAUUGUCACCAUUCUCAAAAAUAUUUCUAAAAUGACUUUUUGCUGAAUAAUUUUUUUUUCAACAGAGCAUGUUUUUGAGGGGAUUAGCAAAAAUGGCGCAGCUUCUCACUCCUUUUUUCAACCUUUUAUUUCUAUUUGUUUUUUUUUUUUAGCUAUGGUCUUACAACUCUUGAUCAGUUGACGAACAGCCUAUUUCAAUUUGUUGUUUGCAAUAAAUUGCAUACUAAACCUUUUUUUUGGUUGCAUUUUUGCAUUUUGAAGCUCUACUUAAAACCUCCCUAAGAUCCAACAGUGCAAAAUGUAAAUACCUAAAAUUUUUCAACUUGUUAUUAGCGUUUAAAGGAAUGGAUAUUUUUUUGGAUGUAGAAAUUUGCACUCAAAAUUAAAAGCUGGAAAGGUUUAUUCUAAAACAUAUCCUAUUUAAUCUACAUACGAGUCCGUA